AUGUACCAAAGGAACCUCUUCUCAUUUCACAGGAGAUUUUCCCAAAUAGCAUCAUCAAUAAACACAAAUACAUCUAUUGAGUUUUUCCCGAAUACAAAGGAAGAUUUAAUAUCCAAACUUGCAUUAGUCUUGCAAUCUUGUUCAACCCCUAAUCCUGGUCCUCAAGUCGUUCAACAAGGCCAACAACUUCAUGCCCAGAUAAUCGUCAACGGAAUCAACCAUGUGGGUCUUCUGGGUUCAAGAUUACUUGGGAUGUAUAUACUUUGUGGGAAAUACAAUGAUGCGAAGACAAUUUUUCAUCAACUUGAUCUUUUCUACGCAUCGCCAUGGAAUUGGAUGAUUAGAGGGUUCACCAUGAUGGGGUGUUUCGACCAUGCAAUCUUAGUUUAUUUCAAGAUGUUAGGACACGAAACUUGUCCAGAUAAGUAUACAUUUCCAUACGUGAUAAAGGCAUGUGGUCGUUUGGGAGCAAUCCGUUUGGCUAAAUCCAUUCAUCAAACGAUUCAAAUCAUGGGUUUUGAGACGGAUGUUUACGUAGGUAGUUCCUUGAUCAAACUGUAUGCGGAAAACGGCUGCAUUAAUGACGCACGAGACCUGUUCGAUAAAUUGCCUCAGAGAGAUGAUGUAUUAUGGAACGUUAUUCUUAAUGGUUACUUGAAACACGGGGAUCCCAAACAUGUUCUCUUACUCUUUAACCAAAUGAGAAGUUCCAAUGUUCGACCAGGGUCAGUGACCUAUGCAUGUGUCCUCUCUGCAUGUGCCUCUGAUGCAAAUAUUAAACUUGGCACUCAACUUCACGGGCUUCUAACUAAGUGUGGACUUGUAUCGGAUCCUCAAGUGCUCAACACGUUAAUUGGUGUAUACACAAAGUGCCAAAGACUGUUUGAUGCACGAGAGUUAUUCGAUAGCAUACAAGAAGCCGGAUCGGUUACUUGGAAUGUGAUAAUUGGCAUGAAACCAGAUACUGUAACUUUGGCUAGCUUCCUUCCAUGUAUAACUGAGUCAACUGCUAUAACCCAUGGGAAGUGGAAAUGGCACAAAAUGUUUUCACUUAUACUCCCGGUAUAG